GUUGUCCAGUCCGUCGUCACUGGAAGCGUCACAUUGGUUUGAUUCUCCGCUCUCUCUCUCUCUCUCUCAUUUUCAGUCGACUCCAGUUUAGAGAGAGAAUCGAAGCCCUCCGGCGUGAAGGAUCCACGAAUUCCUGGCAAAAUUGAUUUUUUAUUCAGUUUUCUUAUCCGUCUGAACUGUUUGCCGUAAAUCUAAAUGGGUAGAGGCGGGCAAGACUAUGGGAAGAAGGAAAUUUUUUCUGCUACCUCCUCGAAUAAAGAAACGUUCCCUGCAUGGGCAAAGGAUGUUCGAGAAUGCGCAGAGAAGUAUCAAGUGAACCCUGAUCUAGGAUUAUCUUCUGAUGAUGUUGAAAAACAGAGAAAGAUCUAUGGUUUCAAUGAGUUGGAGAAGCAUGAAGGUACUUCAAUCUUGAAACUGAUUUUGGAACAAUUUAAUGACACACUAGUUAGGAUUCUAUUAGCUGCAGCAGUUGUAUCUUUUGUUCUUGCGUGGUAUGAUGGCGAGGAAGGAGGUGAGAUGGAGAUCACCGCAUUUGUGGAGCCUCUAGUUAUUUUCUUGAUAUUGAUUGUCAAUGCCAUUGUUGGCAUUUGGCAAGAGAACAAUGCUGAGAAAGCAUUGGAAGCCCUUAAAGAAAUUCAGUCUGAACAGGCUUCAGUAAUACGAAACGGUAAACGAGCUUCAAUUCUUGCAAAGGAUCUUGUUCCAGGUGACAUAGUAGAACUUAGAGUUGGGGAUAAAGUGCCUGCUGACUUGCGAGUAAUGCGUUUAAUCAGCUCGACUUUUCGGGUCGAGCAGGGAUCCUUGACAGGUGAGAGUGAAGCAGUGAGCAAGACUGCUAAGGCUGUGCCAGAAGAUACAGAUAUACAAGGGAAGAAGUGCAUGGUUUUUGCUGGGACAACCGUUGUCAAUGGAAAUUGUAUUUGCCUUGUUACCCAGAUAGGGAUGAACACUGAACUAGGAAAGGUGCAUUCUCAGAUACAAGAAGCUUCUCAGAGUGAAGAUGAUACACCAUUGAAGAAAAAGUUGAAUGAGUUUGGAGAGCUUUUAACAGCAAUAAUUGGAGUGAUUUGUGCUCUAGUUUGGCUUAUUAAUGUCAAAUAUUUCCUCACUUGGGAGUAUGUUGAUGGGUGGCCAGCAAAUUUCAAGUUCUCAUUUGAGAAAUGUACAUAUUACUUUGAGAUCGCUGUGGCGUUGGCUGUAGCUGCAAUUCCAGAAGGUUUGCCUGCAGUCAUAACUACAUGCUUGGCACUUGGCACUCGGAAGAUGGCUCAAAAGAAUGCCCUUGUUCGGAAGCUGCCCAGUGUUGAAACUCUUGGUUGUACAACUGUGAUAUGUUCUGAUAAGACGGGUACUCUAACAACUAAUCAGAUGGCUGUAGCGAAAAUUUUGGCACUUGGUUCUCGUGUUGGUGUUCUGCGAGCGUUUGAUGUGGAAGGGACUACGUAUGAUCCUUCAGAUGGAAAAAUAAUUGGAUGGCUUGGAGGUCAACUGGAUGACAAUCUGCAAACGUUGGCAAAGAUUGCUGCUGUCUGUAAUGAUGCAGGUGUUGAAAAAUCUGGCCAUCAUUUUGUUGCAAAUGGAAUGCCUACUGAAGCAGCAUUGAAGGUUCUUGUGGAAAAGAUGGGCCUUCCUGAUGGACUUAACUCGAGUUCAGCUUCCUUUAAUGGGGAUGUCCUGCAAUGCUGCCAAGUUUGGAAUAACAUGGAGCAGCGUAUUGCAACUCUAGAGUUUGACCGAGACCGUAAAUCCAUGGGAGUUAUUACAAAUUCUAGCUCCGGAAAGAAGUCAUUACUCGUGAAGGGUGCUGUUGAAAAUCUGUUGGAACGGAGUUCGUUUAUUCAACUGCUUGACGGCACUAUUGUAAAUUUGGACUCAGACUCAAAGAGAUACCUCUUAGAUAGUUUGCAUGAGAUGUCAUCAAGUGCAUUAAGGUGUUUAGGUUUUGCAUACAAGGAAGACCUCCCAGAAUUUUCCAAUUAUAAUAAUGGCGACGAAGAACAUCCAGCACAUCAGCUUUUACUUGACCCAUCCAAAUACGCUUCAAUUGAAAGUAAUCUUAUUUUUGUUGGCUUUGUUGGGUUAAGGGAUCCUCCUCGAAAAGAGGUUCAUCAAGCAAUUAAAGACUGUAAAGCUGCUGGUAUUCGUGUCAUGGUUAUCACAGGGGACAACAAGAAUACAGCUGAAGCUAUAUGUCGUGAAAUAGGUGUAUUUGGACGACAUGAAGCCAUAAAUUUCAAAAGUUUAACUGGAAAAGAAUUCAUGGAAAUGAAUCGGGAGAGUCAAAAACUUCAUUUAAGACAAGAUGGAGGAAUUCUUUUCUCUAGGGCUGAACCGAGACAUAAACAAGAGAUAGUGAGAUUGCUUAAAGAAGAUGGUGAAGUUGUUGCAAUGACUGGAGAUGGAGUCAAUGAUGCACCUGCCUUGAAGUUGGCUGAUAUCGGGAUUGCGAUGGGCAUUGCUGGGACGGAGGUUGCAAAGGAAGCCUCCGACAUGGUUCUUGCGGAUGACAAUUUUAGUACAAUAGUUGCAGCAGUUGGUGAAGGCAGAUCCAUUUACAACAAUAUGAAGGCUUUUAUCAGGUACAUGAUAUCCUCAAAUAUCGGUGAGGUCGCCUCGAUAUUUUUGACAGCAGCACUGGGUAUUCCCGAAGGGAUGAUCCCUGUUCAACUUCUCUGGGUUAAUCUUGUUACAGAUGGACCACCAGCGACUGCAUUGGGAUUUAAUCCACCCGAUACGGAUAUAAUGAAGAAACCGCCAAGAAAAAGUGACGACUCGUUGAUCACGGCUUGGAUUUUGUUCCGCUAUUUGGUGAUUGGACUUUACGUAGGGAUAGCAACUGUAGGAGUAUUCAUUAUUUGGUAUACACAUGCUUCAUUCUUGGGCAUCGACCUGUCUGGGGAUGGCCACAGUCUAGUCUCUUAUUCUCAACUCGCCAACUGGGGCCAGUGCCCGUCUUGGGACGGGUUUUCCGUGUCGCCCUUCACGGCUGGGGUUCAAGUCUUUAACUUCGAUACAGAUCCUUGUGAGUACUUCCAUUCUGGCAAGAUCAAGGCUUCGACCCUCUCACUCUCUGUCCUGGUGGCCAUUGAGAUGUUCAAUUCCCUCAAUGCCCUCUCUGAGGAUGGAAGCUUGUUGACGAUGCCCCCUUGGGUCAACCCGUGGCUCCUUCUCGCCAUGUCUGUUUCAUUCGGCUUGCAUUUCUUGAUUCUGUAUGUGCCAUUCCUCGCUCAAAUAUUCGGCAUUGUCCCGCUUUCCUUGAACGAAUGGCUCUUGGUUCUGGCUGUCUCAUUGCCCGUGAUCAUAAUUGACGAGAUUCUGAAAUUCGUGGGAAGGCUUACAAGCGUGUCAAGGACAUCUCGCCCGAGCCGAUCAUCAAAGCACAAAUCAGAGUAAAACAUCGGAGACAUCAGAGACAGGAUUUAUGAAUUCAUUAAUGACAGAAGAGUGGAAACUAAGUUCAUAUAUUUCUGAAAAUUUUAAUGACAGUAUUCGCCGCAGAAAUGGCUGGGUCUUGUUUUACGACUCUCAUUUCUUUUAACUCAUUUUCCGUCAACAAAACAAUAUUUUUGAGGCUGUAGACGCUGAAUAUAUUACUGUUGAACAGUAAACUUAGAUCAUUUUCGUUCACUCUCUAGUUGGUGAAAUUCAAGAGAAUUUAAUUCUUUUAUUA